AUGUCGCUCAGGACACCCCUCGGUCUCUUGGCGGCCAUACUGGUCCGCAUCCCGCUAAUCCUCAAGACCGUCCUGUUACACACCGCACAAAUGUCCCCCGCUUCGGGGAAACAGGACCUACGCACCGAAUUGACAGUCGCCGUCAUCCGAUCUUUCAUGGGCGGAAACACUGCACUCGGCAAAGUCCAAAGUAGAGGUCUAAAGGACCCUGGCGUCAAGGGUCCUAUGUGGAUAUCCAAGGUGACCCUGCCGCAGCCCGAGGACGCCGUGCGCGACGCAGUCCUGCGCGCAAUCGAAGACCACAAGACCGGCGAUGAGACCUACGACAUCCCCGACACAGCUGCCGUCGAAGGCGAAUGGACAGGCUACCGCGCCGGAGUCGGCAAGAAGACGCCAGAGCCUGAUCUCUCCGAAGAGGAGAAAUAUCACAAGAUGCGCGAGGAAUCGCCCUCUGACAUGACGAUCCUGUACUUCCACGGAGGCGCCUACUUCCUGCUAGACCCCAUCAGCCACCGCGCCCCCGUCGCACACCUCUCCCACCUAACCGGCGCACCCGUCUUCUCCGUCCGCUACCGCCUCGCACCACAAAAUCCCUUCCCAGCAGCCCUCGUCGACGCCCUAACAGCCUACCUCUCCCUCCUCCACCCACCCCCCGGCUCCCUGCACAAAGCCAUCCCAGCCAACAAAAUCAUCUUCGCCGGAGACUCGGCCGGCGGGAACCUCGCCCUCGCCCUCCUCCAAACCCUCCUAACCCUCGACCGCGCCUCGCACACAAUCCCCUUCCACGGCCAAGAAAUUCCAAUCGAGCUCCCAGCAGGCGUAGCAACCAUUUCACCCUGGUGCGACGUAACGCGCUCCAUGCCCUCCAUCGCCAACAACGCCUACCUCGACUACCUCGAGGCACCACAGGUUCCCUCGGACGACCCCGCUGUCAAGGUCCCGCUGCACCAGUACCCAUUCGCCGCAGACGAGAUCUGGCCUUCGACGCCGCCUCGCGCGGACAUCUUCUGCACCGCCAGUGUCAUGAGACAUCCGCUUGUGUCUCCGCUGGCUGCACCAGCUGAGCUGUGGAAGAAGGCGCCACCGGUGUCGAUAUCGACUGGCGAGGAGGGGCUGACGGAUGAGGAUUUGAUUUUGGCAAGGAGGUUGCAUGGCGCUGGAGUGCCGGUUGUGGCGGAGAUGUUUGAGGGUAUGCCGCAUUGCCAUGGGAUUAUGUUCAUGGAUACGCCGGCUAGUCAUCGGUUCUUUGAGGGUUUUGCUGGGUUUUGUCGGGAUGCUGUUGCGGGCAGGGUUGUGGCUACGGGCAAUCUGAAGUGGAUUGGGUUUAAGUUAAGGGAGACGAAGGAGAUCCCGCUUGAGAAGGCUUGUGAGACUACUGAUGAGGAGGUUGAGGCUCGGAUGGAGAGGAUUGCGGUUUGGAAAUUGGAGGGUGAGAGGGAGUUGCUGAAGGAAUAUCGUGAGAAGGCGAAGUUGUAA